CACCGCGAAAGCAGUAGAACAGGGCGAGCACCAGGAGGUCCUCGAGGAGCUACAAGAAGAAGGAGGAACUACUUCUGGCACGCAUUCUUCUUCCGCGCAACAUGAAACGAAAACGAAUUCGGCAGUGGGAGAGUUUGUCGGCUUUUUCAAGGGCGUAGCAGAAAAGAUCUUCUCGGAGAAUUUUUCAGCUGGUGCAAGAACAGACACUACAACUUCUACGCAGAAGGAUGAAAGUGAACAAAGUGCGGGGGCAGGGACGUCGACCAAGACGUCGCGGUCCAAGAGGACCAGCAAAGAUGCGACUGGAGGUGCUGUGGACAGCACGACCAUUGCGAGCUCCAUGAAGCGGCAGAGCGGGACGAGGUCAACAUCUGCUUCAGCCGCAGGAGCUUCCUCCAAGCUGGAACUCCAGUUCAACAUCGAGAAUAUGCAUUGCAAAAGUAUCGCACUCGUAUAAAUGCAUUACAAAUUUCCUCAGCAUGAGAAAUAAAAUUUGUCAUGCGGAUUUACGAUAAGAAAAAGAUUUGUAAUGCAAGACUUCUUUUAUAGUAGAUCAUGAACGGCGCGAGCACCUUUUAAACCCCCCCAGCCGUCCCAUAUUUGCAUGUGCGGGGAGUCUAAGUAACAUGGCUCGCCCGAGUCAUUGACGAACCGGGAAGAUGGGAGGUGGGGCUUACAGUCUUCAGACAGGCCAGCCGCCGUGAGGGACUACCGCCUCUGUUAUUGAGGAUAGCGUGUGUCCUCCUCGACUGAGUUGCGUGCGCGGCCCAUCCGUGUUCCGCGUAAACCUCUCCAGGAGAGUGUACGCCGCGUCGAAAGGCUCCCUUCCGUACGGAGCGCCCCGAACCUUUUUUAGCGCACCUUUAUGAUGGCCUUACUGUUGAAAGGAUGGAGGGAGUUAAGUCAGUUUUUAGAACCCAGUCUGUUUAUGCUAGCAAAGGGCUAGUGCGCUGUGGACCCCCAGGAUCAGGUAGACGAGGUCCCAGACCGAAGUGGUAGGCGCUUAGGGUGAACUAUGUAUGUAGCGCUUAGGGCCCUUCCGUACGGCCAAUUUGUAUGCCCGCAACGGGGUUCGCCUAAGUCGGUCAUUUAUAUGCAAGGCGUUGGGUUACCCGGUCGGCAGAGCCGAUCCACAACGAACGAAGACUUGCACUUAUACGAGUGCGAUACUUUUGCACAGGAUAGAGAAAACCCCCGAGCGAAAGAAGCAGGAGGCGGAGACGGCGUGCAAAAUGGAUUUUUUGUGUGGCGAGCGCGAGGGGGAGGACUGGUUAAAAGCGUCGUUCUAUCAAAUGCCAAAAUGUCUGGGUCUGGAAGAAUGCCAGAUUUGUCAUGCUAGUCUGGCAUGACUCGAGAAUGUGUGUUGUAUAGGCACGAAAACGCCCUCUUACCUGUCAUGCAGAAACGCAGUUUGUCAUGCGGAAUACGUAAGACAUGGCAGCCAAAAAAAUUGUCAUGCUUAGCUGCGUAUUGCAGUGCGUCUAUCAUUCAUUCUUAGCAUUACAAGUUUCCAGGCCCAGACGCUUUUGCAGUUGAUACGUUCUCGAAGCACGCUCGGGAAGAGGCGGCCGAGCUGGCGCAGGCGCAUAUGGCGUUCUCAAACGUUACAUUCUCAACUGUUGCAUGAUUUGUCAUGCAAAAUGACCAUAAGCCGCAAGACAAUCAAGCUGCUCAGCAUGACAAAUUAUCGAAGGGCUAGAUAGCAUCUAAAUCUGUGCCAGAUUUGUGAUGCAAGACUUGCAAGCUCACCCCUUUCCCUAUUGCUGUUUUUGCAUGACGAAUUCAUGUAACAGUUGAGAUUGUAACAGUUGAGAGCGCCAUAGCGCAAGAGGACGCCGUGGAGCUGGUAAAGAAGAUCGAGGAGCAGGACUAUCAAGCGCAAAAGUGUCUGGGUCUGGAAAAGUGUAGACUUGUGAUGCAGAUUUUCCAUGACCCAUGAGGUCUGGAAUGCGGGACUUAGCAUGGCAGACUCUGCGAGGUCUCCGCCAUGCCUGUCCUGCGUGAGAAACUCCCUUCGAACUUGGUCAAAAGUGGACAGCUUUUGGCACUCAUGCAACACAGAUUUUUUCAUGCUUCAGAUUUACCAUGACAAGUUGCAAUCUUUCAGACCCAGACACUUUUGCAAUCCAUAAGGACGAGGCACGGCAUAGAGAAGAAGAAGCAGCGGAGGAACUCAAAAAGAAAAUGAAGGCACAGGAAGAUGUAUCCCACGAAAAAACUGUUUCACUGUGAACUUGUGAUGCAUGGAAUGGAACACAAAACUAUUUGUCUUGCUAAACAUGCAAGACAUUUGAUUUUUAAGGGCGUUUUCCCUUGGGAAGUGCGCAUGACAAAUUUUCUGUGCCAUGUGUAACAAACUUGUGAUGCAGAUCUUGCAAAAUCAUCACAGUGAAACAGUUUUUUCCUGCGAUAAGAUGGUCGUGUGGCGUUGACCUUGGAGAAUGAGAAGCACCUGACGGCGGAAGAGAAAAAGAAAGCGGAGAAUGUGCUCCGGGAACGCAUAGCGGAAUUGGACGAAUUAUCCGGAGAAAAAAACCCAUCCCCAUCCAUUUUUUGCAUGACAGGCGCAGGGCAUUAUACGUGUUUUUCAUGAAAAAUUGGAUGUGGAUGGGUGUGUUAUUUUUCCUGGAUACGAAUCAACAAAGAGGGCCAAGGCGAUUGCCGCCUGGUCUGACCACGUGCAGCUGAUGGCAAGCGAUAGGAAAAAGGCAACGGAGAAAGAAAUUGCGGCCUUCCGGAAAAAAGUCCUGCUGUCCCGGAAGAAAAAGAAGAAGAAGUCCCCUAUCAACAUGAAAAUAAAUCCCCCCUCCCCAUAUCAAAUAUAAACAUUUGUGAUGCUGAUUUGUGGUCACAAAUCAUCUCUGUCUUCCUUAUAGGGCAAUAGGAGCCAUGUGGCGCAUUCCAAAGCCAAUCUGUCAUGCGCUUUCGGCUACUGCAAACCCGUCUUCCAUGCGUUAUUGCUAGCCUUCUGCAUACCCGAACAGGCUUAGGAAGUGCCGCCAAGUACUUUCUGCAAGAGAAAGCUGAUUUGUGUACGCAAAUCCAGCAUUACAAACUUCGUUUUGAUAUGGGGUGGGGGGAUUUUUCCUCACAAUAUCCCCGCUUAGCGGAACCGCAACGCAGAGCAAUGAUCUGCCGUCAACGUACGUCUCGAGCGUGGGUUAUGCAAGACAAAUUUAGUGGUCCCGUACAACAUGUUGCACAAAAUGCAUCACAAUAGAUUCUGCAAAGUUAAAGCGUAAAACGCUAUGUGUGAUGCAGACUAGGAUGAGAGACAAGUUUUGUGAUGCAGAAACCGCAGUUGCAACUGUAGUACGGGAAAAAAUUUACGUGGACAUGGGUCUGAACGCAGUUUUCUCGGCGGACAGUAUCCAUUGCAAAUACUUAUGUCUGGUGUUGGGUCUGGAAACUUGUGAUGCAUAUCAGUCGUGAUGAAAAGCAUACUCUCAUGCGCCGCUAAGCAUGACAGAUUUUUUCGUGGAGGUUCCGUGUAGUUGCGUAUUCCGCAUGACAAACAGCGUAGUUCUCGCAUGACAGACAAGAGAAGCUCUUGCUGUCCACGCAAGACAGAGCUCAGUGUCGCGCUAGACAACUCGCAUGACAAGAAGUCUCGCAUUCUACUUCCAGGCCCAGGACGUCGUAUCAUGUUUGCAAUGCAUAAACAGGGGCAUGGACCAAAAGUCGCAGCCGACCAUUCAGAAGAUUGGGAAUACGGUAUUGCAAAUUAUUGAGGAAGUGAAUUCGGGAUAUUUCUCCACCAACUACCCCUUCAGCGCCGGCGCGUUGUUUUAUGAAAAUGCACAACCCCCCCUCCCCCUCAUUUGUAUUGCAUGAACAGCAAUACAGACACCAGCACACCCACACGUGGAGCCUGUGCAUGACAAAUUCAUGUGCCUAGUGUCGUACUGGUUGGGCUUUCAGAAUUUGUCAUGCAAACAGUGCCACAGAGAAGCACUUGGAUUUGGGGUUUUACAUGACAAAUGAGGGGGAGGGGGUGGAGUUGUGCACUCUCAUAUGUUUUCCGGCGCGCCCGCGGUUGGUGCGGCCUUUCCCCGCGCUUGGUGGCAGCUGGAACUGACGGGCUCUCCCAUGGUGGUCGUGGAGGUGCAGCUCCUCACCUUGAGUCCCAAAAAGUAUCAAAAGGAAAAGUCCCACCUCCCCAACAUAUCAGAACGAAAUUUCUGCUGCUGGAUUUCCGUACACAAAUCAGAUUUGUGCUGCAGUAGAGGACUGCAGGCAUAUGCCAAGCCUGAGCUGCCCAGAGGCUUUGACGUGGGCACCUAGCAUGCCAAAUCUCUAGGCUUUAAGUAGCCCAAGAGCAUCACAAACCGCCUGCAUAAUGCGGCGGACUCUCAGGAUUCGCCUUCUUGCAAGACAGACAGGAUUUGUGGUCACAAAUCUGCAUUGCAAAUUUUCAGAAGGAUGCGCUUUCAAUAUGGGGAGGGGAGAUUUUUCCUCACAAUAAAAAAUGCGGCGUCGCCUCCCUGUUCACCUGGACGGACCUCAACGCCUGCCGCGCAGCUUAUGGCGUUCUCAAAUGUAUACAUUCUCAACUAUUACACGAAUUUGCAAUGCAAGAAGGGCAAUAGUGAAAGGAGGAAGAUUGCGCCUUUUGCAUUACAGAUUUGGGACGGAUUAUAGUGCUAUUUAGCCCUCCGCAGAUUUGUCAUGCGGAGCAGCUUGAUCGUGAGGAUGAUAAUGGUGCUUUUGCAUGACAAAUCCAUGUAACAGUUGAGAAUGUAACAGUUGAGAAGGCCAUACAGCUCCCGACGGGGAGCAGGAUUUGUCCAUUGUGACGGAUCCUCUGCAAGACCGCGCAGUGAACGGAACCUAUGAGGACAAUGUGGACGACGCCUACCUUGUUGUCGGCGUGAAAUCGGUAUCAUGUGCAAAAGUAUCGUACUCGUGGUAUUUGCAAUCAUGCAUUACAAGUUUUCUUCCCAAGGUAAAUCCGCAUGACAUUUUUUUUUUCUCAUGCGGAGGGAAUUUGUCAUGCAUUUAGAUUUAUACGAGUACGAUACUUUUGCAAUUCAUAACCGGACGCGAACUUCGGUGAAACUGGCGCGGGCGGGGCACCCUGUCGGAAAUUUAUCGGCAACGGCGACGAGAAAGCCAUUGCCUGUGACCUGCUAUCAAAUUCAAAUAUAUAGUCUUGGUCUGGAAGCUUUUCAUGCAGCUUGUACACGACCACCCGCUGCAAUGUCUGUGAAGUGAUGCAAGCUUUAGUAGCAUCACAGCUUUUCCAAAUAAAGCUGGCCCAUGCCUGUCCUGCAUGUGAAGUGCCCUGCUCCGGGUGGCAAGCAUGUCCGUGUCUUUAUUAAUUUGCUGCUCCUGCAAUACAGGUUUUUGCAUGGUCGAAGGGUAGCAUCACAAGGUCCAUUCGUUCUUCCAGACCAAGACAUAUUUCCUAUGCAUACCGGCCCCACCCGAACGAUAUCAAGAACACGACGAACACUGUCGCUCGCACCAGUUUCCGUCAGGAGACGGUGCACGACACGAAGGAGGUGUGGAACGAUAACAGCACGUGGGGCGGGGACACCGUAUUACGCGGAAAGUACACACUAUCCAAGAAAAAACUGUGUUAGUGUAACUUUCUUUGGCUGACAGCAUCACAAAUUUCCUCUACAUGACAGAGAAAACCUGUCAUGCGUGGCCCGUAAGGGAAAACACACAGGAAAAGAGAAAGCCAUGGCUGUCUGGCAUGACAGGCGUAACUCUGUUGGCUGUUCUGCAUUACAGAGUUACACUUACACAGUUUUUUUCUUGCAUACACACUGUGCGGCACCAAGCGCUGGGAGGGGUCCACCAUGCCUGGGUUGGACGUGAAGAACCCCGACCACGUUUUAACCAAGCAGGAGCAGGACGCGGCAACGCAAGACGCCGAAAACAAAGGCAUGGUGUUUAACGAGCCGAUGGAGACCCUGGUCGAGAUGCAGGUCGAGGACGAUUCCGGGACCCCGGUGGAUACCUACUACCGCAUCAACAUCGACUGCCACGGUGCUAUCGGCAAGUACGUGUUCCUCGAGCUACCGCACAUGAAAUCGGAAGCGGUCACUAUUCCGCGGGCCCUGCAAUUGCGCGAGGUAGUGGUGUACGGAUCUAGCCUCGCGUAUGGAACUGUCAGGUUUGAAAUCGACAAAGUUGAAAAAAUGAUUUGUCAUGCAUAAAUUGCAAGGCCGCAUGAAGUGCCUCUCUUGCAGGGAUGGCAAGUGAGGCCGACAACUGUCAGCCUGUUUGGGGUCUGCGGUAGUAGAGCUGCUAAAGUAGCAUGGCAAAAGACGCCUUCUGUCCCUAAACAGCAUGACAAACUGGAUUUAGACGGUGCCGAGAUUUGUCAUGCAUACCGCUUGGAAAUUGGGCUUCCAACUGGUACUUAUCGAUUCUAUGCGUGACAAACUAUUUCAUUUUCAACUUUGACGAUUUCAAUCCUGACACUCCCAUAUCGCGGCAGUCGACGGCAAUGUGGAAAUCGCCAAAAAAGCGGACGAGCUGCGGGAUGAAAAGGAUGCCGAAUUUAACGCCCAACACCAAGCAAUCCUCGACGCCGCCCCGGAUCGCGACCCCAACGGCAUGACACCGACGCCCGUGGAGAAUUAUAUCCCACAGAAAAAAGCUCAAGCUGGCAGGUCACAUUUGUAAUGCAAAAAUAAAUACACAAAAAAAUCAGUACUGCGUAUCCUAAACAGCACGCUACGAGGCCGCUCAUGACAGAUUUUUCUGUGUAUUUAUUUUUGCAUUACAUACAACAAAUAUGCCCUGCCAGUUUUAUUUUUCUGUGGGAUAAAUUACGCAGAGGGCAGAUACAACGCAGUAGGCUCGGGCUGCACCAGCGCGGAGAUUGCCAAGGAUGCACAAAUGUGCGGACUGACCGGCCUGGUGGAGCUGCAUGUCAAGCACGCGCACCACCACGACACGCUGAAGGCCAAGAUUUUGGACGGCUUUCCCAACGAUUACAUCGACGACCUAUGAACUGCAAAAGUAUCGCACUCGUAUAAAUGCAUUACAAAUUUCCUCAGCGUGAGAAAUGAAAUUUGUAAUGGGGAUUUGCCUUAAGAAAAAGAUUUGUAAUGCAUGAUUGCAAUACGAGUGCGAUGCUUUUGCACAGGAUACGACCACAGCCCGAGCAAUGCGUUCGACAGGAACCGCUACCAAAGGGGCAAAUCAAAUAUGUCCGGGUUUGGAAAGUGAGUGCAAGUUUGUCAUGCUUCUCUCCCACGACUUCUUUCAAAUCUGUAUACGCAUGAGCAGAGAAAAUAUAAAUAAAUCCUCUUGCCUGUCAUGCAAUAAAGACGCAGUCUGCCAUGCGGAAAGCGAAACACAUAAAGUAAGUAGGAGCUCAAAAAGUUGUUAUGCGUAGGUGCGUCAUGCAGUGUGCCUGCGCCCCCCGAUAAUUCACAAACUAGCAUCACAAGUUAUUUGCAAACCCAGACUUAUUUGGAUUUGCAGUGCAUAACCGCGGCGGCUUUCCCAUAGCGGUAGACGGCAAGUACGCCGACUGUUCGAGGGUGUCCCCAACCAGAACCCGUGGCUGGUGGCUGAGUUUUCGCACGUCUUAUGGAAGCGUCAGGAUCGAAAUCGGCAAAGUUGAUGCAUAAACGGACACCAUUUGGCGCCUAAGUAGUUUCCAAGUGGCGCAUGACAGACUUGGGUAGAGCCGCAGUCCAGUUUGUGAUGCUGUUUGGGUAAGGAAGACGCCUUUUGUCAUGCUAGCUGUAGCAGCUCUAUUUCUACCGCGCAACAGGCUUGCAAUCUGCCUUCCUUGCCUACUCUGCAAGACAGGCAUUUAUUUGUGGGUUGCAUUUUAUGCAUGACAACUUUGACGAUUUCGAUCCUGACGCUUCCAUGCGUCUCGCGCGUCGAGUACAUUGACGUGUAUCCGGAUAAAACGGGGGAGUUUGCGCUAG